CAUUCUCGUAUGGACCGUUAGCUGCGGCAUUAUCGCGCGGGAACAUUCAAGAUUCACGAGGACGUCCCGGCCUGCAUACCACGAACAUGAUACUCACAAUCCUGUUAAGCACGUUUUUCGGCCGAAUAAUCGCAACACCGAUCGCAAACGUUUGGCUAAGCCCCGUAGGAUCGCUGACGCCGUUGAGACAAUACCAUGUACAGGACGGAUCAGGGGGAUAUCAUUAUUCAUUCACGGGGCCCCAUCACGCAAAAUCGGAAUCCAGUUUGAACGGAAUCACGCAGGGUGGAUAUUCGUACGUGGACGCAAACGGAAUUUUGCAAACGGUGACUUACACGGCAGACGAUCAAAAUGGAUUCAGAGUGCGGGCCAGUAAUUUGCCGCAGCCUCCUAAGAACGAUCUCCAAACGAUACAAGACACGCCGGAAGUGGCCACGGCGAAGAAGAAUCACUUGGAAGAGUUGCAGAAGUCGCAGUUGGAGGAUCCAUCGAAUAUUCUCUCUUACAAAAUUCUCCCUUCUUACUUCAGCUUUGCACAGCUGACGAAAAACGACGAGAAGAAUUUGGCCGUUCAAGAAGUCGCGCAAACCACGAAGAAUCCAUUCCUCCUCUCGAGAUCGGAGGCAGAAAGGAUCGAGGUGCCCAAACCGGACCCCAACCUCUCCAAGAUAUCGUCCCUCGCAACAAUCUCGACCUCAUCGUCGUCGUCUCAAUCUGACCAGCAGCAAAAAGUCCAAGGAAAUCCGGGCAAACUCGUGGCCUUGGACACGAUUCAAAGGCCCGUGACCUUGCCCUCGCCCUACGUACUUCCAGUUUUGCCGUACAGACUGUUGCACAGCUCUCUUCACCACACUCAAGACUCGUUGGGCCAAUACGAUUACACUUAUACAGGGGACUCGAGCGCGAAAACCGAGUCUAGAUCGUUGGACGGGACGACAAGGGGUGCUUACAGCUAUAUCGAUCCGAAUGGGGUUUUACAACAGGUUCAUUACGUGGCCGAUCAUAAUGGAUUCAGGGUCAUGGCCACCAAUCUGCCGGAAGCUAAGUAAUAAAUCAAUGGGAGACGAUUUCGUUUGAUCGUCGACAGAGGUCGCUCUUUGUCUCGGAGGAAUUUAUCUUGUUCUUAUUUUUUUUUUUUUUUUGUU